UGAUUUGAAACAGUCAACAUGGACUUUUCACGUCUACACACGUACACUCCUCCCCAUUGUCUGCCAGAGAACACUGGCUAUACAUAUGCACUCAGUUCCAGUUAUUCUUCAUCUGCUUUGGAUUUCGAGACUGAAAACAAAAUAGAUCCAGUAUUUGAUUCGCCAAGAAUGUCACGGCGUAGUUUACGGUUAGCUGCUGCAGGAUUCAGUAAAUCAGAUGAUGCACGACAUGAUACCCUUCAUGACAGCUCUUAUGCCGGAAACAUGUCCUUCAGAGAACAGUCUUCUAAGACGGUGAAGCAACGCAAAAGUAUGAAUAAACAAUCUGGCAGUGUAAGACAAACGCCAAGGAAAAAUCUAUCCAGCUCUUCCAUUUUUAGCCAAAGCAGUUUCAAUAGCCAUGCCAGUGAUACAUCAAUGGUAUCCACUGUCUUGGAUGAAUCUCUGAUUCGAGAGCAGACGGAAGUUGAUCAUUUCUGGGGUCUUGAUGAUGAAGGUGACCCUAAAGGUGGUGAUACUACACUGAUGCAGGGAAAUGGUGAUCUAGCAGCAGCGGAAACGCAGACCACAAUGAUCAAUGGCUACACUUGCAGUGACUGCAGCAUGCUUUCUGAACGGAAGGAGGUUCUUACAGCAUACUCAGCUUCUCGUGUGCCAUCUUCCAGAAUUUACUCCAGGGACAGGAGCCAGAAACAUGUAUCUAGAGGAGCUUAUUUCUACACAAGUAAGAUUCUGCGUUUGGUCAAACAUGCUGCAGCAUCUUUUGCAUCACUAUUAGUGCAACUAUUUCAAAUGGUUUUGCUGAAGCUGGGUUAUGAAUUUAAAGCUCACUCAGACUACUGUGGAAGCAUGAAUGUAAAGGAGUUUUACAGAGAAGAUAGGCAUCUUGACGUAAAUGAGGAAUCAAUAUGUGAUGACUGUAAGGGGAAGAAACAUCUUGAAAUAUACACCACAGACCACAUGCAAUCCUCAUGGGCUAAAAGGGUAGCAAGGACCAUUUGGCACACCUUUUCUUAUGCAGGUUACUUUAUGCUUCACGUGUUGCGAACAGUGGGAGCAACAGGAUGGCUGGUGUCUCAGAAGGUGUUGUCUCUACUUUGGCUGGCCAUUCUUUCUCCAGGGAGGGCAGCUUCUGGCAUGUUCAGGUUGCUUAGAACUGGGUGGUAUCAACUUGUUACUCUGAUGUCUUUGCUCAAGGUGUUUCUUCUUAAAAGAUGCCUUCCAAAGAUCUACAAGCUGUUGCUGUUUCUUAUCCCACUCCUGUUUCUACUAGGUAUAUGGUUCUGGGGGUUUGAUGGCUUCAUUUCAUUAUUACCUUCAUUGAACUGGACGAGAAUUGAUAGAAUACAGAGAAUAGAUGACUCUGUUCGUGUUCGUGAACCACAGGCGGAUUCUUUUCACUCUGUGCAACCUCCAAAGGAUACCAUAAAUAUCUUUGAUUCUGGUCGUAUAACUGAGCUGGAAAAGCAAAUGGCCUUCGUGUCUGACAGAUGCCAUCACCAUGAUGAAAAGUACAGCAAAGUGAUGCUUCUACUCCAUAAUCUUCAAGAUCAGGUUGCCCAGAUGAGUGACAAAAGUGAAACAUUGAAGCUAAUACAAAAUGUGGUGGGUCAACAUCUUAAAGAUAUGAAACUGGAGGAAAAGACUGACUUCCUGGCUUUACAUCAAGAGCAUGAGUUACGCAUCCUGACUCUGGAAGACCUUCUUGGAAAACUCUCUGCUGAAUCAAAGGACAUCCAGAAGGAGCUUGACAUAGCCAAAGCAAAAACAGUGAGAGAUGCUGAUGAACAUACUCAACUCUUGUCCAAAGUUAAAAAGCUAGAACUAGAGUUGUCGCAGAUGAAAUCGGAGCUGUUAACUGGGGAAAGCAUGAAGACAAGUUGUGAGAAAAUAGAUGUCAUUCAUGAAAAAGUAGGUGCCCAAGUCAAAGAAUCUGUCAAGCUAAUGCUGUUUGGUGAUCAACAUGAAGACUUUCCUGAUUCGCUUCUCCAAUGGCUUACGUCCAAUUUUGUGAGCAAAAGUGAUCUGCAGACUUUGUUGCAGAAUCUAGAGUUGCAGAUCCUCAAGAAUAUUACCCUCCAUAUGUCUGUUACAAACCAAAAACUAACACCUGAAGUAGUAACAAAUGCUGUGACUAAUGCAGGGAUUUCUGGAAUCACAGAAGCGCAAGUACAGAUUAUUGUAAACAAUGCACUGAAACUCUACUCACAAGACAAGAUUGGUAUGGUGGAUUUUGCCUUGGAAUCUGGAGGUGGCAGCAUUCUGAGUACUCGCUGUUCUGAAACCCAUGAGACCAAAACAGCAUUAAUUAGCCUCUUUGGAGUUCCUUUGUGGUACUUCUCUCAGUCUCCCAGAGUGGUGAUACAGCCGGACAUGUAUCCAGGAAACUGCUGGGCUUUCAAAGGAUCACAGGGGUAUCUUGUAGUUAGACUGUCAAUGAAGAUCUAUCCGACUGCCUUUACGGUGGAACACGUACCAAAAACACUUUCACCAGCAGGAAACAUCACCAGUGCCCCUAGGAACUUUGCAGUAUAUGGUCUAGAUGAUGAAUAUCAAGAAGAAGGCAAGCUUCUAGGACAGUAUGUCUAUGAUCAAGAUGGAGAACCACUGCAGAUGUUUCCAGUGAUGGAGAAAAGUGAAAACGCAUUCCAAAUAGUGGAACUGAGAAUUCUUUCUAACUGGGGCCAUGCAGUGUAUACAUGCCUUUAUCGGUUCAGAGUGCAUGGGGAACCUGCCGAAUAA